AUGCUCAAUCUCUAUACCGAGACCGCCUUCCAGGUGACCCCGGCGGCCGCAGACUCAGUAACACACCUCCGUGUUCCGAGAAAGAACGGCUUGUAUGACAAGACCAAAUCUGCUUCGACCCGUGCUGAGAAUGGCCGAGCCUCGCGAAACGAUCAAAGCUCCUAUUUCUCCCAAUUCCUGGCCUCGCAAAGCUCGAUAUAUUUUCGAGCGUCCAAAACAUACCCACGGACAUUCUACUGGAAAGUGGUGAACAAUGGAAAAGUGCUGCAAAUACAAUGCGCCGAUUUCGCAAGAAGCGAAGCCGAUCUCAACGAGGCCUACCUUACCAUCCAGUUCGAGUUCCAGGAUCAGAUCAUUCCUCGAGGAGUCACUUUUGCGGAUUUAGAGAAUCUCGACGAGAUUAGCAUCUUUGUUUGUACCGACAAAAACGAGAUCUUCAACCUACGAGUGCCCAUGAGAGCCUUUCACGACUCGCGAAUCCUACAAAGCGAGAACCUCAAUCAGUGGUGCCAGCCACUCGAAAGUUCCACCCUCGGCAUAGAUAAAGUCUACCGCAUUUAUGCGAAUACCUCGCUGGUAGUGAUCAUAUCUUUUGCCGGCGGACGAUUACAGAGGCUGAAGAGGAGGUCUUUACACGACAGCUGGGAACAGGAUAACUACGAUGACCGGUCAUGGGGCGCAUCGAUCCGAGGACUGGUCACUCGACGGGGCUAUCACACGAUCGAAUAUGGUUCAACACAACUGGAUCCGAGAACCGCCCAGACCAUGUCCGUGUCCGCGGAUGGGGAUCUCCUCUUCACUGUGUGCCUGAAUCAUACUUUGCGAAUCUGGAAUCUCAACAACGGGAAAAUUGUUGCUACGAAAGACCUGAUGGGCUUAACCCGGGACCCUAACGACAGAACCCACUUAAACCCAGCGGGAGAUGCCCUUUUGCAGAUAUUCAAAGAAGACGAAGUGCAGAAAUUUCCUACAAUUUUGACUUACAGUCCCGAAGAUGGAGGGCAGUUCAAAUUCUGGGAUGUCAAGGGGAGCCUCACAGACUCGCUUCUUGUUGAAGACAGAUAUCCGGAGACAAAACUCUGUGCUCCCGAUCCAGACCCAUCAGGAAACACUGUCUGGUCCAUGAUUGGCUUCAAGCUCGAUCCAGGCACCAAUUACAAGUCUGCUCAGCUCUGGGUGCUUUGGCGAAACCACAACUACCACCAGCUUUACAACUGUCAACUGGAACUGGGCAGUCUGGCAAACUCAUGGAAGACCAACUGGGUCAAAUGCCACGCGACAGUGUCAGCGAAGACUGUGCCUCCAGAAUUCGUCAAGGGCGAUCAGGAAGAUCCAGCUUCGAAGUGGUUGGCCUUCUUCUUCCAUCCUGGCCGCUACUCUGAGGAGGCCCUCGACACGGCUUUAUCCAUAUAUGAAGAUGCGACUUCGGUGAAAUUGACUGCUUCUCAGAAAGAAGCUCCCCUGAGACAACGCAUGUGUACGACUGUGGCAGCCAACAUCUCUCUGCGGAAGUAUAGUGAAUCCGACAUGGACUUUGACCGUUUUUGUAUCGACACUGAUACCCAAUGGCGCAAUUUCUACCGAAUAGCUGAAAAUGUUAAUGACGACCGCAAUGCUCCGCUGGCCCUGGCCUACGAUGCAUUCGGCGGGAUGGUGUGGAUUACCAUGGCAGACAAAUGUUGUGCGGUUCGAGAAUGCAGCAAGUUUGAACUCCUCCAGCAGAAUGAGCUUGACGACAUAAAAAAUCUCGAAGGCACGACUGCUCGAUUAUGGCCUCACCGAAAAGUCAGUACUGACGACGGAGAGCCCUUCCUCGACCUGGCUCUUCUGAUCUCGGCGGCGAGGACUUUCAGGGAAUCGUUUCCCUCAGACCUUGCUCGGGAUCUCGUGGUUGCAAUUGACGAAGAUAUAUCCAUUGGUGCCGAUUAUGUCACUCCGACACGGACACUGAAUAUCUAUGAUAGCACAGGAUUUGGUGACGCUAUAUCGAACGAUACUUUUGAAAGACUUCGGUCUGAUCUUUCUCCUGUAGGCGGCAUUUCUGGCCUGAACAACGAACUUUUCUUCGGAGUUUUGGAGCUCUUCGUGCCUAGGGGCAGGAGAGCGAAAAGCGCAUUGAGGAACACGCUAUUCGGAAAUCUUCUUUUGUCUGUUGGUGUGCUCAACCUCUUGUCCUCCCAAAAGGAACUGCUCAUGGAUCUUCUUGCUCUGGCGAUUUUUGUGGAGGGCGAGUUAAGCCAGGAGGAAGCGAAAUCGACAAUUUUCGACGCGUCUGAACUAUACGACCAAAUUGCACCCCUUCUCCGGCUGUGUAAUCGCAACCUGUGGCUAGCAUCACACUCACGACGGGUUCCCUUGGAGAUUCUUGGUGCCGAUGGACACCCGAAUGCCUCCCGCCAACGGUCCGAUACCAUUGCCGAAAACAAACGACGGGUCACCAUAAUGGAGGACACGUUAAGCAAAGCUGUCCGACCACAGCCUGCCGUCGAGAAACCUUUGAUGUAUCUGAUCACAGACCAGCUUUCGGAGAUUGACAACUGGGCCUCUGGAAAAGAUACGUUGGAUCCAGAAGAAGGUGCAGUCUACCUCCAAUGUGACCUACUUGUACAGGGCGAACUCGAGCUUGCCACCGAAUUCUUACAGUAUCAACCGUCAACGUCCUGGUCGAGCUAUGUGAAAGGCCGUCUGGCUAAUGCGAAAGGCGAGUAUGAUGUUGCAGCACAUUAUUUCCGGAAGGCGUCAUACGGUCUCGCGUGCGGAAAAGCGGUUGGAAACCUGGUUGCGCUUUCAGCAGGACUAUUGUCCAUGAUUGAAGCAGAGUGUUUCAACAACGGACUGCCCGUUUACCUGCAUCAUAUUACAUCUCUUUUCGAGUCUGCAAAAGCGUAUAAUGAAGCAGCUCAGUUUGCCCACUUGACGUUAGAAUCAUUGCACGCUGGGCAAAAAGAGCCAAUCCCCAAUUUUCGAGCCGAAGUGCUAUCCAGACUGGUCACUGCAGAACUCAAGCUAUCUAGAUUCGAUCGCGCCUACAGUGCCUUGGUCCAGCUCCCCGACCAGGCAUUGCAGCGAUCAUCAGUGACAAGCCUGAUCAACUCAAUCUUGAUUUCGAGUGGAUCUGUUUUCGGUCCCGACGGUGUGGUACAGACUCUUCAAUCUCUGCCUUGGGCAAUGUAUCCUCAACUUGCCCGACAUAUGGACUCACACCUCGUUUCCCUUGCAAAAUCUCAGUUGACGUCAUCGAACUUGAGCUCAGACAACGGCAAAGUCGACUAUCUUAGCAUUAUGCACGCCGUCCGCAUUUCUCAGAAUGACUAUCGUGGUGCGAUUACUGUCCUGUACGACCGACUCCGGUUAAUCCGCAAAUCCGCUCGGGCUCGGCAUGACCCAAAAGCCACGGCCUUGAGACACGUCUUGCUUGCUCUCAUCAAUCUCAUGGCCUGUAUGGCACCGGAUGAGGCGUAUAUUCUCGUCGAGACCGAGAAUAGUAAAGCGGCUCGAAACCCGAUCAAUGGUGAGGUUGCUAACCUGCAACACGACGUGGAGAUGAUGAAGAUGAACAAACGACGGCGCGUGAUCAUCACCCUGGAAGACUUGCGGAAAGAAUACCAAGCUAUUCUGGAUAGGUGCAGUCGGAUCGAGCGUGGAGAUUUCAACUUUGAAAUAGACGAUGAGAGCGAAAGAGAUGAAGAAGCUGAUGAGCUGAUGGCAGAUCAGAGUCAAUCGAGAUUGAAUCUAUCGAAAGUUUCUCUGAGAAAUGGGGUUGGAGCUGGCCAGGACGACAUGGAAUUUUGA